CUUUACCAUUUUUUACUAUUUUUUUAAUUUUCUACCCCACCUAUCUCUUUCCCUUUUUAGAUAUCCAAUUUCAAAAACUCUCACACCUUCACAAUCACUGUACUUCCCCCUCACACUUUUUCUCUCUCAAUCAAAUCCCCAAAAAAACCCAUAAUUUUUUUUGUAAUUUUCUGGAGUUUUUGUUAAUCAUGGAACCCAAAACUGAGUUAUCACUCGGUGGUGGAAUCAGGAGUUCUGGGUUUGUUACAACUAAAAUGGAGGAUACAGAAGAAAAAGAAGUGAUAGAGUUGCCAAAACCAUUAGAAAAUUUACAUGAAAUUGGACCACCCCCAUUUUUAAGUAAGACAUUUGAGAUAGUAGAAGACCCAGAAACUGACACAAUUGUUUCAUGGGGUGUAACUUUUGAUAGUUUCAUUGUUUGGGAUAUCUCUAAGUUCUCUGAUUUGCUUUCUAAGUAUUUUAAGCAUCGUAAUUUCAACAGCUUUGUCCGUCAACUUAAUACUUAUGGAUUCAGAAAAGUCCAUCUUGAUCGGUUGGAGUAUGCAAAUUCAGGGUUUCAAAAGGGUAAAAAGCAUUUGUUGAAGACUAUAAAAAGGAGAAACCAUGGUGCAAACAACAAUACUGCACUAUUGCUCCAAAGAGAGACUGCAAUAGAAAAUAUUAAGAAAGAACAGGAGGCGCUAAAGCUCGAGAUCCUUGAUCUUAAGAAAGAACAACAGAACUCGAACACGUGUUUGGCUGCAUUGGGAGAGCGUGUGAAGUUCGUUGAAUGGAAGCAACGUGAGUUCAUUAUGCUCAUUGCCAAGGCAAUGAAAAGAACUUCCUCAUUUCAGCAGGUUCUCCAAAACUAUAGGCACAACAAAGUUCUGAGUAGUGGAGAAUUUUACAAGAAACGUAGAUUGGCCUCAACUAGCGACAGUCUGGCACUGGCAGACCAGUUUCUGGCAAACAGUCCGACCACGACCCAAAAUAAGGAAGAUGUGUCUACUUUUCAGUAUGAAGCAAACUCGUUUGUUGGGUCUGCGGGCCAAAAGUCGAACUUGGCAUCCGAGACUAGUAGUCCAGAUUUGUCUUCUGGAAGCUACAUAAUGUGGGAAAAGCUAAUGGCAGAUGAUGUGAUCUGUAAAGAUGAUAGGGAGGAGAAGUAUGUCCAUGAAUUAGAGAAUUUGAUUACUAAACCAUCCAGCUUGAUUUGCAAAUAAUGUUGGUGAAAUAGCUUCUCCUACAGGUGAACUUUUUCCUGUACUUUCGCUACUACUUUUGUGAUUAAUAUUUUAUCUUCUUAAACAGGACAGUAGGACAUUGAAGCAGUAGGAACAGGAGUGAACAUAGAUCGUGUGUAGGUAGAUAUCAUAUGUUGGCAAGGAUAGGAGUUAACUCAAGUGGGUAUAGUGCUCCCCUUUGACCCAUGAGGUCAGGGGUUCGAUCCUUACUCCCAGCAUUAUGUUUCCUACAGGCUAGUAGCCUUGUAGUUAUGUUGGCGAUGCCAAGUUGUAAUCAGCUGGAUACUUGAUGUGUAUAGUAACUAUUUGUAGUUUAACGGUGUAAAUACUUGUUUUUUAUUUCGAUGAUUAUUUCAUGUCUUUUUAUGUGA